UACAGAUGGCUAGAGGUUACCGUGACACAAGAGAUCGUGCCUUCAGAAAGAAACCCAGCACUCAAACCCAGAGUGUGCGCUCAAAUUCAGGUAACGCUAUUGGCGUUGUUGUUCCUCUCGGGUCCGUUGACAGUAAACAAAGCGCUCGUCGUCAGAACGGCAUAUGGGAUUCUGUUACCUGCCUCUUAGACCACCCGGGACAUCGGACUCGAAUGUAUUUAUGUGAAGCUCACAAUGCUAAUUGUGGGGUACGACAUCUGUGCUAAGCUGAGAUCGAUAGAAGUUUUUAAACAUAUUUUAAGCCUGGCAGUAUGGCGAAAAUUCCGCUCAAGUUUAGAAGUACGAACGAUUUUUCCACUGUUCAGGUCACCUAUGAUGCUGAAAAACAGUCGUUUACUGGCUUUUAUCAGGGUACAAAAUCAAAGAAGGAGUGUCUGAUGGCCGUGUUCACCUUAAAUUUGAAAGAGACGUCCCCCGAGGGUGAAGUGAUGUACACACCUUGGCUGAUAACGUCACCUUUCUCGCAGGCAAAGUUUGAACUACCUCUCGCUCCGUAUCUUUUCUCCCCUGAGAUUUGUGUUGCGCCUGCGCCAUGUACAAGUGAAGUUCAGGAUACCCGUAAGAACACUUCCCAGUGUGUCGCGAGAGUUCAUUUUACGAGAAGCUCAGGGGUAGCAGAUUUCCCGUAUAUCGGCGUUGGCGAGCCUCUCGACUUUGCAGAGCUUGUUGGCCUCGGACCAAAAAUGACUGCUAUCUGUUUGUACAAACGAGCCUUGGAUUUCCUUGGGCCUAACAAACAAACAAACGCAGCCAUGAGCCAAGCAACUUUUUUAUACCGCGAUAAGUCCAAGGAGUAUUUUGGUGACAUAUUCCUAAAUCACGGUGGAGUUAUGCACCCCUACCUGAAAGACAACACUGGCGACCCAAAGUGUCCUAUUACCAACAGACUUAAGGGGCUGUUUUUCUCCACAGCCAUAUCGAGGAAGUCAAAGUUGCCUCUAGUCUAUUCACCCUUUGGGCCUCAUCGAUUUUUGGUACCACUCACAGAGUUACUGCAAAAUACUGGGUCAUGGAAACUCUAUUUUGCGGACUUUUAUUGUUUGGACAGAGACAAGCAAAACUCACACCAUGUAAAUCUUGUCCUUUGUGAAAAAGACACAGAUGCUUAUAAAAUGUGCGAAGAGUGUUUACUGGCGUUACCCUCAGGAAAUCCCUUCUUGCAAGUGGUAGCUGGUCAUUCCGAAUAUCUUGUCAAUUCUCACAUCAAGGUAGAAGUCAUUUAUACCAAAGAGAUUGAUAUCGUCAGAAUGUGCCGUGACACAGAUGCAGAAAUGCAAAUUGUUCCAUCCCAUGGAAGAUCGGACCCAAGGGGAAUCCCCAAAAAUCCAAAAUGUGUGAAGUGCAAUACGGUAUCGUAUCUAAAAUGGGACGCAAUAUCAUCCAGCUGAGACGUUCCCAGGGACGAAGGAAAUAAAGAUGUCUGGGAAUUUACUAACCUGUCACCAAUGAGGUCACAGCUUCUAAAUCAUUAUCAUAAAUCAUUCAAGUGAAAAACCAGUUGAAAUGGUGAUACGUUUUCAAGGAUUCCUUAUCUCUCUCGAGAGAGAGUCCAGUUCAUCGUCUACCAUUCUGUCGAGUAGUUUUUGAGUAACAAUCUGGAGGUUUUAACCCUAUGAUUAGUUCGGGAAAGACUUUUUGGGAUAAAAGCAGGCUUUCGGGACUAUACUCGCCAUAAAUUGAGCAUGUUUAUGAGUCUGCUGAUAGCUUAACUAUUGCUGUUUGUUUUAUUGUUUAUCAUUAAUAAGCAAUCAGUUAACACGUAAGCCGUAUAUAUGACGGCAUAUCCCCCUGCAGAGGUCAGCGACACAUGAAACGCAGUGACAACAACGGCUCGGUUCAAUAAGCCAGACUAUAGCCGUUUUAUAUGUUUGCGUGUGUAACUAUCGCCAUUUAAGUAUUUUAAUUUUUUUAAUUUAAGUCUUUCUUUGUUUCACGAAGAUCAGGGAACUCUUCAACACCAAAACAAAACUAUAUACACAAAUACGGAAAUUAAACAAAAUGGUUUCUCACGUGUGCCAGAUAAACAGGAUAUUGGUCAUUUAUGUUGGCUUUUCAAUGAUAACUGUGCUUUGUACGACAUUUAUCUUUAUAUUUCAUUUGUUUAGCAUUUUUGCCAACGGAUUUGGUUUAGUAUUUAAAAGAUAUUUUUAAUUGUAUUUCACAAGAAUUAUAUUUAAUGAUAUUUUAAGGUUACUGUAUAUAAGAAGUAUAUAAGUAUAAGAAUUAUAUAUAUUAAGUAUAUAAGUAUAUACCCAGGAGUCUCUCACCAAUGCGGUCGCCGUGAGUUCAAGUCCAGCUCAUGCUGGCUUCCUCUCCGGUCGUACGUGGGAAGGUCUGUCAGCAACCUGCGGAUGGUCGUGGGUGUCCCCCGGGCUCUGCCAGGUUUCCUCCCACCAUAAUGCUGGCCGCCGUCGUUAAAGUGAAAUAUUCUUGAGUACGGCGUUAAACACCAGAUAAAUAAAUAAAUAUAAUUUACUGUUGACAAACAAAAUGGAAAUAAGCAUGUUCUUGUCGCUCGAAUGCUGCUGUUGAUAUAUCCAAUUUGAUGGUGCUAUGCAGCAUGAUGCAUAUACAGUCCCUUGCCCCAGAUACACUGUACCUCAAUGACAAACUAAAACUGUACAAAUGCGCGUUAUUUUUGUUUUGUUUUGUUUUGACCUGCUGUAAUUGAUACAUUCUUUCCAUCACCAUUCGGCCUAUGGGGUUUUCAUCCUCGUGUUUUAUGUGAUUACCUCUCCGUGGAACAAGGUGCAUAUAAGGCCAGCCUUAAUCUCUAGUCGUGGGUCGUGGGUUUCCCCCGGGCUCUGCCAGGUU